AUACAGUUCCUCAUGACGUGCAGAAAAUGCAGUGCCCGAAAAUCAAGACUGUCGAUAUCAGUAUUCUCUUAGCGGAGGCAAUCCGGCGUAUACACAACAAAGAGUCGAUGUCCUAUCUAUUUAAGAAUGUAACGUUGGAGGAUUAGGAGUUUUAGAGUAAAACCGAAAUAACAUGGCAUUGGAUCUUGAAUUGAGCAAAAUUACCAUUUCGUUGCAAGCAGACGAAAAGACUCGUCGCAAACAAGCGUUGGAAGAGAUAAUCGAGAAUAUAUCUCGCGAAAAAACGUCGAGCAGAGUCGACGUUUUGGCUCGAAUAUGGGAGAGUGUGCAUAGAUAUCUGGUGAGAAUUUUGAAUGACAAGGCGGAGAUCUGUCGAGAUCUGACUGUGGGAAUUCUGAGGAUAUUUCUAGAAGCUCUGCCGCCUGACGACAAGCACAUCAUCUACAUUAUACCGAUAAUGUCCAGACGCUUAGGCGUACAGGAACAGAUUGAGCCGUCGGAGGAAGUACGUUUAAAGUACGUGUCGUUUUUACGAGUCAUAAUACUCAAAUACAAGGAUUUGUUGGCGCCGUAUAUUCCAGAUAUAACAGCGAUAGUGACGCACACUGUCACAGACAGUUAUCCAAACGUGAAAAAGGAGAGUUGCAAGUGUAUAUCGGACUACGUCAAGACUUUACCGAGGCAUCUGUAUUCGCAGUCAGAACACUUGAUCAAGCCUAUCUUGAGCAAUUUUACGCAUCAGCAUUACAGAGUACGGCUUGCUGCUGUUGAAACAAUAGGUGAUGUGAUACGCUAUGGAAAUAGCAAAUCAAUGGAGGAAGUCGCGACCUCUCUGGCGCAGAGAUUGUUUGAUCAAAGUGGAAUCGUUAGAAAAGCUGUAGUCCAAGUGUCAGGCCAUUGGUUGACAGAGCUGCCUGACAGAUACAGCUGGUGGUACAAAAUUCUUCCUCUGAUUAUGACUGGAAUGCACGACGAGCUACCGGAAAUUCGCGUGAAAGCAGCAGAGAUGUGGGAUGCUGCGGGAAAAUUAUACAUGGAAGAAAAUAUGAACGACAGCAAGCUGAAGGACAAAAUGGAUUUUCUCACGGAAGAUCCGGAACAUUAUCCUCCAGACAUUUCUAGGCCGAAUUUAGGAUGUCGGAUGAUCGCGCAACAGAAUCUGUGCAGACUUAUUUGUGGCAUCGCCGUCGAACUCGGAGACUGGCUGCCGGAUAUUCGAGUACGCUCUGCACAAUUACUCUGUGUGCUCAUAUUAAAUGUGGAGGAAGACGUUACGCAGCAUAUCGAGAAACUGUUGCCUUCGAUGUAUCGCGCUUGUAACGAUAAAGACGAGAGAGUCGUGCGUUGCGUAGAAACCGCGGCACGAUAUCUGGGCUACUUUGUCGAGCCUGGGACUUACUGUCAACUGGUGCUUCCCACUGUGGAGGAAUCUCCGACAGCCGGGCACUUGCGUGUCCUCGCGGCGAUUAUUAGCGGUAGCGAACGAAAAGCCCUCUCGCCACAAUUAGGAACAAUCGCAAAUUUUUUGCAACAGCCGCAUAUCUGCCGAAGCAAAAAGACCAAUUACCAACGUCAGCUAUUGUCUUGCUGCAACUCGCUUUUCAUGGUUUGCGAAGAGGACUGUGCCGCGGUAACUCAAUCUCUAUUCGUCGCGAUAUUCACCACGUACGCGAUGAGUAUGGAGGCCAGCAUUCGCGAGGAAACGGACAGGCUCUUGAGGAUACUUGUUGACAUAAAUUCGCUGAAGGAUGUCGAGGAUCUCUUUUGCGAUCACAUGGAGUCGCUGAUAACGUCGAUUCGCGAAGAUUGCGCCUCGUGGUCAGUGUACAGCGCGGAAUCGCAAAUAUUCGGCGCUUGUCUAAGUCGCGCUGGCGUCGUGGUCGUGCGCAACGUUGAUCUCGUAUCGUCUGUCCUCGAGAGAACCAUGGCCGAGGACGCUGAACCCGAGCUGAAGCUACGACACUUCAUUCUGUUGUCGGAAUACUUGUCCAGCAACCGGGACCUACGACGACGUGUCGACGAGGCGCAGACUCGCAGAUUCGUCAGCACGAUUAUCGAGAAGCUAGUUGCGCCGGGACUGGUCUGGGCCGCCGGCAGAGCGGCUGAGGCUACACGCACAGCGGCCGUCUGUUGCCUCUGCGCGAUUCUGCAGAACGAGAUUAGCGACAAAGCAGUCCCGUCGAUUGAUGCACCGACAAAAUGUGACAUUUCUAUCACAGCGGAACAGUUUUCGUCCAUCCUCGAUAAAGUCCUACCCGUCCUGCUCAGUCUGCUGGACGACAGGGCAAGGAAGACUAGAUUGUAUUCGAUAUGUGCUAUUUGCUCGAUAGUAAUUAUCGGCCGAAAGUUGUCUCAUUUAACCGACGAACACAUUCACCGUGUACACCUGGUGAUACUUAGGAGACUCGACGAUGGUUGCGAUGACGUUCGCUACGCCGCUGUGGAAGCCCUCAUGGAAGUGUGGAACGCCGUGUCCGAGAAUUACGAUAUUGUCAUCGGCAGGAGUCACAUUGACGCUCUCUACACGACGAUGAUUGUACAUCUGGAUGAUCCAGAGUCUAACUUUCGACUAGUGAUAUUUGAUGCAUUGAAACGCGUCGCAAAGAUUUCCCCAGAGCUGUUAUAUCAAAAAUUACAUAGCUGCCGGUCAAAUUUUAGGAAUGCAGUAGGCAUAGACGCACUUUUGGAACAUUGUCAAGAGAUGUCUGACUCUACGGGUGAUCAUGUAGAUGCGCUGGAAGAAGAAUUGGAAGUAGAUUCCAACUAUAAGCCUCCGCCGGAGAAGACUAUUGAACAGAUUCUAGAAACAGACAAGGAGGAUGAGAGUUUACGAAAGUAUAAAGAAACGCUUCUGGGAGAAGCAAAAGCUGGUGGUGUUGUAGUAGAUCCUAAUGAUCCUAGAAAAGUAAUAGUAAAGAAGUUAGCCCUCUGUGUUGCCGAACGACCUGACAUGGAGUUGGAUUUGUCUGGUGACUUGGGACAGCUGAAAAAACAGACAUUUGUCAUCAAAGAAGGUGUAAGCUACAGAAUCAGGAUUGAUUUUAUCGUGCAACGUGAGAUUGUGCAUGGGCUAAAAUACAUUCAGAAGACUUAUCGUCUUGGUGUACCUGUGGAUAAAAUGACGCACAUGGUAGGAUCAUACCCCCCCAAGACAGAACUUCAAUCUUAUACUACUCCAGCCGAGGACGCGCCAGCUGGCGUGAUGGCACGAGGCUCCUAUAGCGUCAGUUCUCUCUUUACAGACGACGACAAGCACGAGCAUCUCAAGUGGGAAUGGGCGUUUGAAAUUAAGAAGGAUUGGAAAGAAUAAGUCGUUUCCUAUUCCGUGGGAAUAUGAAAGGAAUCGGAAAAAGAUGAUAAUUACAACUCAUAGGUAGCCUUACCACACUCUGCGAAUAAUAAUUAAAGAAACAAAAUGCCAAAACGGACUCGGAUGGAUGCUCUUUAAUUGCGCUAGGCGUCAUGUUGCCAUAUAUAACAUUUAACACUAUAUAUAAUUAAUUAUAUAUAUAUAUAUAUAUAUAUAUAUAUAUAUAUAUAUAUAUAUAUAUAUACAUAUAUUUUAAGUAAAAACGCAAAGAAAAAGAAUGUAUAAUCGGUAUUUAUUAAGAAUUCUCCUUGUACUUGAUUGGAUAUCCAAUCGUAAAAAAUAGUACUCAACAAUUGCGGGAUGCACACACAUACACACACGCACGCAAGCGUGCACACACACACAUAUACGAGCGCGCGUAAAUUAGUCAAUAGUGCAAACAGACAUAGAGAUAACGAUUAUUCGAAUGAGAUACAGUGCGAUAAACCAAGAUUUCCAGAAUAGAUGUUAUAUGUAUUAAUGAGUAAAGUUUCCAAUGAAUAUUACAAUCAACGGUGUGAUACACUGUUAUUUAUUACAAAUGAGAGUUCUGCUUUAUAGAAGAUAUCUGAUAAAUCAUAUUAUUCUUGAUUAUUGUAUAUAUAUAUAUAAUAUUCUGUGCACGGUAUACAGACCAAGAUGCAAUUUUUUUACGGAGAGACCUAGAGAUAUUCAAUGCUUUAAAAUUAUAAUGAAAGAAAUUACAAUAUUUUAAGUUUUUACUUCCGUACCAUUAGCAUCUUUAGACGUAUUUAGACGUAUUAUGACGCAAUAAACGUUGAGCAUUGUUGUAAUUCAAAAGUAGAGUACAUUUUGAUUAACGGCCACAUUAUAAUUUGCAAUAAUAGAAUGAUUUAGUAAAAUCUGUCUGCAUAAAUUAAUUUUAUUAGACUCAAAUAGCAUAUACAUAAAAGCGAUUAAUACUAGAAAUGUUACUCGAUUUUUUUUGGGACACAAUUCUUUUCAUAUACAACUUGAUCGAAACAACACGCACGGAUACAUGCGUUCGCAUAUGAAGACAUCGGCCUUUUUUUGUCCAAACGCACUUAGAAAGGACGGUAGUUGAUACUACGAAUUGGCAGUGAUCAGUCUUCAACCAAUUAUCUCUGAAUAAUGCCGAAUAGUACUAUUAUCUUCUACUAACAUUUUUAUCGCGUUAUGAUUGUUACUAUUACUGACAUAGACAAUGAAUCGAUUCGUUAUAACAGGCGAAAAUGUUUGGAGGUAAAAAAAAAGAAAAAAAAUUGAUUUCUUUGUAACUAAGGUUCAGUCGAGAUGAUGUAUGGUGCACUCAGUAAUAGUGAAUAUCUCGAAUGCGAUAGAAAUAACCGUUUUCUUUUGCUCAUUAUAUCGUAUAUUUUAGUGGUUCAUGUGUGCUAUCUACAACAAAUUUUUAUUUUUACUCUACGGCGAAUGUGAAUUACUUAUAAUCCCGCUUGUGUAUCCGGAUGCUUUGCAAACAAUUUAUCAGCAUACACUUACAUAAUGAAGUUAUUUUGUAUAGUAUGUUAUUUCUCAUAAACAGAGCACUUGUGUAUAUCUCUGGGAUUUUAAGAUACAAAACAUAUGUAAAAUUCAAUUUAAGCGAUUUGGAAAGGUGAAUGAUUUCAAAAUGAAGAUAAUUUUUUUUAAUUUUUGCUAUGUACACCUUUCUCAGUUUAUAGAAGUAGUUGAUAUUUGUUCCAUGUACAAGGGAUGAAAAACUCUAUGAAAACAAAAAAUUGUAGAGUUUGAGAACUUUGAAAAAUAGUCUUGAAAUCGAAAACAAAAGUACAUAUAAAUCAUG